AUGGCUUUGUGCUUGCGCUGGACUCUCCUGACCUUGUGUGCGGCGCCGGUCGCCCUUGGAAAGGAGCUUCGGUCAAAGGACGGCCUUUUCGAUACCCUGACCUACCUCGCCCAUGCCUUCAAGGAGAUCGUUCCAGGCAUGGACUCCCAAACGCAAACGAUUUCCUUCAAGGAUCAGCAAAACCAUGACCGGGAGGCCCGGAUCUUUGUGCCAUCGAAUCUCCAAGGCCGCAAGGCCCCUUUGGUGAUCAGCUUCCAUGCCUGGGGAGCCAACAAUCGUUUGCAACAAGCCAUGGAUCAACACGAUGCACAAGCGCAGCAGAAGGGGUACAUGGUCGUCUAUCCACAGGGGUAUGCGUCGGCCAGAGCAGGAGUGAUCGCUGGCGUGUCCAUUCCCGGAGGGGCUACUUUCAAUGCAGGUGGAUGCUGCCCCCGUGCCUGCGAGACAUAUGGCAUGGAUCUGCCUGGCUGUUCUUGGACCGACACUUGCUACCGUCCGGAGGUGGAUGAUGUUGGCUUUACCAGAGAACUCGUCAAGUACAGUGAUCAGAACAUCAACGGUGUUGACUUCAGCCGGAUCUAUGCCACUGGCAUGUCCAACGGCGGUUUCAUGUCGCACCGGCUGGCCUGUGAAGCUUCAGACAUGCUUGCAGCUAUUGCACCGGUGUCCGGUGUGAUCAGUAGUCAAGAUGACGCAAACACCAAGCUCCCCAAACCCUGGUGGUCUCAGAAGUAUAGGUGCCAGCCUGCGCGAAAAGUGCCAGUGCUCCACUUCCAUGGGCAGAACGAUAUGCUGGUGAGCUACGACGGUGGCCUGAAAGGCUUCGGCUUCGGCUACUUCAACCCAGUAAAGGAUACGAUCGCGAAGUGGCUGGAAAUCAAUGGUGCUGCAGAGUCCUUCGAGUCGAUGCCAAUGUCUUACCAGAACCAACAGACCACCUGUUGGACCUCAAGCGGUGUCAAUGUGACGCUUUGCAAGGUGGAUGACAUGUCACACUCUUGGCCUGGCAUUCCUCAAGUGGGUGGCUCUGGCAUUAAGGCCACGGAGACGAGCUGGGAAUUCUUCGAGCAGCACAGGUGCGAGGAUUGCCGUCCCUAA